CCGGACUAUACGCGAUUGACGCGACCGUUUUGUGUUGAGAAUAUCCUUCUCUUUCUCUCCCUUUUCCUUUCCCCAAAUCAACUUUGAUCAAUUCCUUUGUCAAUCUCCCUUGGUGGUUUGCUUCAUUCGCGUGGACCCUCCCCAUCCUCUUUGUCCACUUCCCCGCGCCGCGUACCUUUUUUCUUUUCUUCCCAAGACCCUACAACACCUUUCCCUCCCCGUCCCAUUGUCGGUCCUAGAAGACCUUCCACAUUGAGGAGAAUGCAGUCAGUCUCGGUUCAAUUCAGCCCCGUCAAGGAUGGCCGCCGUAUCCUCGGCGAGAAGGACUCCAACGCGUGUCUGUCCCCCGCCCGCCACGGCAAACAAUCUCUCUCGGUUACCAGCACGCCCGUCAAACGGUCCCUAUUCACGACUGUCUCGCCCAAGAAACUUCUCCCUUCUCCGAUCUUUGCAGGCCAAAAGCGAACGAUAGAUCAAGUGGACGAGGUUGAUGUAAACGACGCAUCGCUGCAGGCCCCGCGCGAGCUGCGCGUGGAGAGCCCACCAUGCACCGUGGAACAUGAGAGCCAACAGCUGAGCCCAGAGUCGGCCGCGAUGAAAAUCUCCAUCCCAGCCCCAUCAUCACAACCUACACGCGACCAACCCCGAGAAAUGGAUACCACGAGAUCCCGCAGCGCGUCACGAGCCUCAGACUCGGACACAGCGUCAAUCCCCGACGACCCUGACGCGCGAAAGGUAUUCAUCCAAGAAAAAGCAGCUCUCCUCCGAAACAGACUCCAAACUGCCAUGCGCAACGUACCCAACCACCAAAUUGACCGACGCGUCUCGGAACUGGAAGCACACAGUCGCAAAGCUCCCCGACUCUCAUUCUCCGCCCUCUCCUCUUCUUCCCCGGUCACUUCUUUCCGUCACACCUUCACACCUUCUCAGCUUAAGACGCCCCGAACUGGCUCGGCGGAAAACAUGAGCUCUACCCCUUCUCAACAAACGCCCGACCUCCCCCGACAACCGUCUUCCAUCAUUCAGAGUACAAAUUACGCCAAGCGCUGCCAACGGACUCCGCCCCGGGCUCUGGGAUCGCCGAUGCAACUAAGUAGCCCGCCUGCUACGGUGGUCCGCUAUAGUCGGAGUCGGGAUAUCACACAUGGGGUAGACGUUGAGGAAGCACAUGCAUCGCACGAUGCUCUCUCACCGUCGCAGAGGGGUGAUGCCGUGGAUGGGCUGCUCAAGCUUAUGAGCACGUCGGAUAGGCAUGAUAACUCCGAGGCUUGGAGUGGGUAGUCGCGUGGCAUUUACUGCCCGCUUCAGAGGCUACUUGGCCUAGACAUGAUGAAGUAUACCCUGACGAAUACUUGCUUGUUAACUACCUUGGAUACGUGAUUAGGGGCGCUCUAAUACCGCAAUCAUGUGGCGUCCUGUUAGACUUUUGUUAUUUUGUUACUUUUGCAAUCAAUGAUACCACUCGUGUCCUCUGGAAGUCAUGGUCCAAAGGUCUACACUCACAGAA